UAGUGCUGGUCGAGUAAAGAAAGGAACGAAGGUAUCCUUUCCUUCCCCUGCAACGGUCAUAAUACCGUUGCGGCCCUCCCGAUUCAAAUCUAUUAAAAGCCUCUUCCGAUAGACCUUUCACUCCAAUAACACACACGCUUUCUGUUUCUGCUUCCCCUCUUCUUGAUCUCUAAGAUCAUCAAGAAGAGCUUGGAGGCUUGAUUGUUCCUCUGUUCAUCAGGCGGUGUCAUCGUCUUCCUCUGUUAUUGUUCUUGGAAAUGGAAACCCCGUCAUCCGCGAGAAGGAUCACAAGGUCGCAGGCCGCGGCCGCCGCCAAUGCCCAGAAGAGCAAGCAGGAGGAGUCGCAUCCAAGAUCAAGAAACGGCGGGGAUCGCGAGGCCCGCGCGGCGCUGCUCGACAUCACCAACGACUCGCCCGUCGUGGGGCUCGCGACCGGGUGCCUCCCGGUCGAGAAGACACCCUCGUCCUCGGCGGCCAAGAACCCGGGCCGGGCCGGGCGGACCACCGCGUCGGGCGAGGAGGUGCUGCGAGGUCAGGUGCGGACGCUGCUGCAGAAGGUCGAGGAAGAAGCGGAGUUCGUCGGCCGACCCACCUCCGGCCAGCGUCUGUUCCCUGCACUCUUGGGCGUUUCAAUAUAUCCAGCGCAGAUCCUCGCCCCGACCCCAGCCAACACGCCGCAGAUCCCCAGUCUGAGUUGUUUGGCAGGAGGAGGAGAAGGCUACGACUCGAUGGAGGUCGCAACACCCUUCGUUCUUUCCGAAGAAGAUCAUCGGAAGGUCGUGGUGGCUUCCAAUCCGCAGGAUCCCCUCGGUCCUCAAGAAUGCGUGAUCAACCGGGCAUUGACGUUCGACUCGCCCGAGAAAUCAGAAAUGUCGGGCAUCUCCACCGUCACUUCGUCGCCAGCGUACCAAUCCGGCAGCGUAAGCAGCUUCCAGGAGAAGUCCCCCGAGGACGACAACUCCUCCAUCUGGUCCAUCCAGGCCAAUGCGAGUGCCCACUCGGAUGGUGACGACGACGAACUGUUUGAAGACGUCGACGAAGACGAAGAAGAAUACGAGGAGGAGGAGGCCGAAGAAUUGUUGGGCGACUUGUGCGAGGGUAUGAAGAAGAUGUCAAUGCUGGGUGACGAGUUCGCAGGAAAGCACACAAGAUUCGUUUACAACAGUGACGACGAGAUCCAAGGAGCAGAGGAGGUGACGAGAAGAAGCGCUGUCUCGCCGAGCGAGUUGGUGCUGAAGGGCCUGCCUGCGCCUGAGGGGAAGCACCUCCGCUUCCAGGAGGAAGACGACUAAGGUAUUCGACUGGUUGUCAUACUGUGACACCAUUUUCCUUUGCUGGAAUGUCUCAUGAUCAUCAAAAACUGGAUGGAAAUCGAUGCAAUAUCGCUAUUGAAUAAAGAGAAUUGGAAUCAACAAGCAAAGAAAUCCACAGCAAUUUGCAGUAACAAUCAUAAUUAGUUCAUUA